GCCGUGUGUGCAGCAGGUCCAUCAUAUCGACCGGCGGUGCGACGAUGGUCUCGUCCAAGAAGGUGUGCGUGGUCGGCGCCGGCAUCUCGGGCUUGGCAUGUGCGCGGGAGCUGCGCCGGGAGGGCCACGACGUUACGGUCAUGGAGCAGAGCAGCAGCGUCGGAGGGCAGUGGCUGUACGACCCGAGGACCGACAGCGGCGAUCCCCUCGGGGUGGCCGGAGUGCACAGCAGCAUCUACUCCUCCGUCCGUCUGCUCAGCCCGAGGGAGGUCACCGGCAUCUCCGACUUCCCAUUCUACCCCAAGAAUGGCGGAGACGACGCCCGGCGCUACCCAUGGCACGGCGAAUUCUUCAGGUACAUCCGGGACUUUUCCGAUGCGUUCCGGCUCACGAAUGCGGUGAGGUUGAACACCAGGGUUGUGCAUGUGGGCAUGGCGCUGCCUGCCGGCGGUGGUGUCAGCAACUCCUUGCGGUGGGUGGUCAGGUGCGCACGGGCAGGUGAGGUGGUCACAGAGGAGGAGGUGUUCGACGCCGUCGUGGUCGCCGCCGGACAAUACACCAAGCCAAGGCUGCCGACCAUCAACGGUAUGGGCAAUUGGAGGAGGAGGCAACUGCAUUCCCACUCGUACCGCGUCCCGGACUCCUUCCACCAAGAGGUGGUGGUCGUCGUCGGCUGCCAUGAGAGCGGCAAGGACAUCGCCCUAGAGCUUCGCGAGGUGGCUAGGGAGGUGCACAUUAGCGUCAAGUCCAUUGAAGAUGUCUCCCCCGGAAUGUCCAAGGAGGUCUCUAGGCACAACAACCUCCACCUGCACCCCGAGAUUGACUGCUUGUGCGAGGACGGGCGGGUGGUGUUCGCCGACGGCUCGUGUGUCAUCGCCGACGCCAUCAUCUACUGCACCGGGUACAGCUACUGGUUCCCGUUCCUAGACACGGCGGGCGUGGUCACCAUUGACGACAACAGUGUGUGUCCGCUAUUCGAGCACACUUUCCCACCGGCGCUGGCACCGACACUCUCCUUCGUGGGCGUAGCCAAGAGGGUGAUCGUGCCGCGUUUCUACGAGAUGCAGGCGAGAUGGGUGGCCCAGGUGCUCUCCGGCCGGAGGGUGCUGCCGUCCAAGGAGGAGAUGAUGCGAUCCAUCGAGGAGCACAACCGCCGCGCCACGGAGACCGCCGGCGUGCCCAACCGUCUCACGAAAAACGUCACCUUCGACUUGGAUUACUGCGACGAAUUCGGGGAGAAGCACUGUGGCUUCCCGCGGCUGGAGGAGUGGAAGAAAGAGCUCAUCUGGUCGUCCUUCGCAAGAUUGCGGGACUGCCCGGAGAGCUUCCGUGACGACUACGUCGACAGUGACGUCGUCCGAGAGGGCUUGCGCUCGGAAGGCUGGCUUGUCGAGACGCCAAGAGUUGAGGCUGAUGGCCAGGAGGACGAGCCACACAGCCAUAGGGCCCAUCAAAUGCCAAUCUAGUUGAAAAUUUCUGGCACUGUCCGCGUCUGUGUAUGUGCAAAAUGUCAGCCGAUAUUAACUGCGUUAAACUGGAUAGUGUAGACCGUGAUCACGGACGUCCAUGAACACAUAUCUUGUGUAUUUCUUUCGAAGCAAAUAAACUACUUGAAACA